AUGCAAGCCGAUUUGGAGAGGAUGACUCAAAGGAUGGAAGAGUCUGAUGCAGAGGAGUAUGUGUACUCUGAGGAAGAGUCUGAGAGCGAGAGAUUGAGGGAGGAGAGGAGGACCAAGAAGAGGAAUGACCCCAUUAGUAGUGAGAGUGAGCAAGGGGAGUUUGAGAUUGGAGUGAACCUUGUUCAAGAGGAGGGAAGUGGCUCUCCAAGCGAAGAAGGAAGUGAUGAGACUGAGAGUGAAGAGGAAGGAGAAGAGGUGAAUCAGUUGGUUGAAGAGAGUGAGCAAGAGAGUAACCAAGAUGAACCUAUGGAGGAGGUUGAGCCACAAGAGAGCCACAAGAGGAGGAAGAAGAACUCCCUAUAUGUGGAGCUAGUUCUCAAGAACAUGCACUUGGCCAAACUCUUCUCUUAUCACAUGGAAUCCUACAAGGAGCUCACUUGCGAGUUCUUAGCUUCAAUGAGGCAGUUGGAGAUCUUAUUUGGGUUCAACUAUGGAGAAGGUACCAAGUGGAACUUCAAGGAGAAGGAACUCCAAAGGGAGCCCAGUGUUGAGAUAUGUGCACAAGGCACUUGCCAACACCUUCUUUGCAAGGAAGGCACCGGGACCAUCAACGAGGGGGAACUCAAGUUUCUUGACAUGGGAAUCAAGCCCAUUCUCUCACGCACAAGCGAUGGCAAGAGGAUCAGGGGAGAUAGAUCCAACACAGGGAACCUGAUGCCUUUCCUUGAUCAUCUCCUCACCUACAAGACCACAGCCUACAACACUAGACAUCAACGAGGGAGGCGCCUAAGUGUUGGAGGGCUCAUCACUCCUAUCUUGUGUGCUGCUGGAGUGAACCCAACUGAUAAGAAGCCACUGAACCAGGUUGGAUGGACAUCAAGUUUUGCAAGACCAACCUUCUCAUUGAGCACAAGGAGUUGGAUGGGAGUUCCAAUUCAAGUUCACCAUCCAUUGGCUGGCCCUUCCAAGCUUCUCCUGCCUAACCCAGAGCUCACCACAGGGGUGAGAACAUUGAUUUCAGACCCCCUGUGUACACUAGUUGGGCAUGAGGACGAUUUGCGAGAAGAGGAGCCUGAGCUCGAUCGAGCUGAGGAUCGAGCUGAGUCUCAAGCUGAGGAUCGAGUCCAGGAGAGCGGAUUUGGGUGA